AUGAAACGGUUGCUCGCUAUCGUGGGGACGGUGCUAGCGGCGGAGGGUGUGCCGGAGAGUGAUGCUUACCCUAUGAUCGAGUACUGGAUGGCGAAUGACUUCCGUUCUAAUCCGAUGUGUACGGACAAGGGUGUGCUCAAGGCGGAGACAUAUCCUUACCGACGAUCGUUGGGUUUGCAGGAGUCUGCGAAGAGUUACAUGGAGGCGUAUGCGUCGUCUCUGAAGAAGCAGUCGACGUCAGAUAUGGUGUAUCAGUCGAGUCAGAGGAGGACGACGAGUUCUUACGAGGAUAUGAUGGCUGGUGCGCUGAAGGCGGCCUUGGCCAAGAAGCGGCUAGCGGCCGAGCCAUCGGCCAAGUCUUCGUCGGUUAGUGACGACUUGGGUGGGGUGAGUGGGGCUGUCUGCAACAUGAUUGUGUCGCAGCAGGUGGAGACGGAAAGUUUCUGCAAUCUCAUGGCGGGUGUCACCGUCGAUCAUUACUGCCAAGACAACUACCAGUACAACGACCCGAACGCGGUCUACGAGAAGGUGUUGAAUCCCUCCGAAGACUUCGGCGUUGUCAUCCCGGACCAGUGUCUAGCACCCGCAACCGCGGCGCAACAACCCCUUGACCUCUUUAUCCAGCAGUACCGUUCCACACCUGAUAAUUUGGACUUAAGUGUAGUUGGAGGAGAACGCAAGGUCUACUACCUUUUGUGGAAGGCGAUUGAGAAGCUGGAACGCUACGCGGAACGCAAAUUGUUGCAGGCGGAGCUGGGGAAGACCGUUAAGAAGAACAAGGUCAGUUCCAUCCACCAGCUGUACCGUGAUACCGAGGUCUUUGAAACGAUUUUGCCGGAGUGGGUGGUGAGUCGAGUUAUUUAUACCAACGAGCCGAUGUAUAAGGGUAGCGACCUGACGCUGCGCACUCCCUUAGCUGUGAUCGCGCGUCGAGGCAAUAACUUGUUGAUGACCAUCCGCCGGUCGCUCACUAGCUAUGACAGCCGUUUCGCGUUGUAUAACCAACAAGCCUUCAAGUACCUGUAUAACUUCACCGGUCAAUUACACGAUGGCUCGAGCUCAUAUAUGCAGGCCAUGCUGGCGCCCCUCACUAUGGAGGUGGAGAGUCUUGUGACCUCACUCGCGGACAGUGGGAUUGUGAGCAAGCUGACCAUCACCGCAGCCGACGCGCCCGCCGUGGGCGCCGCGGCCGGACUUGGCGACCACUUGAGCAGACAGUUUGCCGACCAGCUGCAGGUGGAUGUAGUCGGCUUCGGUAACCCGUACUUCGGAGACAAAGACUUCCUCGAGUCCGUAAGGAAUAACGUAGAACUGCGAGUCAUCCAUCUCGAAGGCGACUCCACCGAUCUCCUGCCCUGCGCCGGAGUACUGACCUGCGACGAUACCCUACUUUACAUCAGGACGGGCAUCGAGUCUGGCAAACAAUUCUGGUAUGAACGCUCUCACGGAUACGUCUCCAUCCCGCUAUCCGAUCUGGGCGCUGUCAACAAGGCCUGGAAUGACGAGUCCGCGGUCUUCCAAGUAGCCGCCAUCCGCGACUGCGGCUACGCAUGCACUCUGGCUUAUGGCGCGUGCAGAGUCAACCCCGAUGUCGACCUGUGCGACCCCGACGUCUGCGAGUCAUUCAUCAGAACGUAA